GAUGACUUUAUCUGUCUAAGCUGCCUCUCACAUGGCCUCUCCGAACGCCUCUGUAUGGGCGCAGAAGGAUUUGGCAACCGAAUGUGUUCCUUGGAGAGCAUUGCCAAAGAGGUUCCACCAGCGAAUAUGCCUCCUUGCAUAUUCAUUUUGGAGCAGGCGUUAUCAGCAAGAGCUCUACAGGAAAUGCUUUCUAGUCGAAAUGAGCUAUCUGAUAGCCGCACAUCUGGUCAUAGAACUUUACUUUACGGACAUGCAGUCAGACUUAAACAUCGCAACAGUAGCAUGUAUUUGGCUUGUCUUUCUACUAGCUCAUCCGAGGAUAAACUCGCAUUUGAUGUCGGUCUUGAACGAGAGGCAAAUACGGAAGCUUGCUGGUGGACAAUUCAUCCGGCUUCGAAACAGAGGUCCGUGGGUGAAAAGGUUCGUAUUGGCGAUGAUCUCAUUCUCGUCAGCGUGUCCUCUGAACGCUACCUGCACGUCUAUGGCGAUUCAUUUUCGACAUCAGGAGUUAUCGCCAGUUUUCAACAGACUCUAUGGACUGUAAUUCCAGUUUCAAGCGGCGUUGUUCGACAGAAAUCUCUUCAUAUGGCUUUCGGAGGUGAUGUCAUUCGUCUCUUCCAUGGUGAUGAAUGCCUCACAAUUCAAUCUGCCGGGGAUACAGAAGAAGGUCAUUUCAUCUCCAACGAAAUUACUUCUUCGUCAGAUUACCAUCAAUCGGUGAUGUAUCAACUUGGUUCAGUCUCGGGUCAUGCAUCAUCUCUGUGGCAAAUUGAGCAUACGAAAAUCAAGUGGUGUGCAGGUUUCUUCUCCUGGGAGGAUGCAGUACGCCUUCGACACGUCACAACGGGUCGAUAUUUGGGUAUUACUCAAGUCAAUGCCGGAGGAGCUCCUACAGCGCCGGGUCAAAUCGAUGUGGUGUUACUAUCUCCAGAGGAAUCAAAUGAUGCCGCCACUGUCUUUUACAUUAAACAAACAAAGGAUGAUAAGAAGAAAGUUGAAAUCGACCGUGAACACGAAGGGAUGGGUGAACCGAAUGUCUGUCUUGGAGAAACCCUCAUCUACCUCCAGCACGCCGCCCUGGGUUGGUGGCUCUCCUAUGAGUCUUACGAGACCAAAAAGCGUGGAGUCGGCAAAGUGGAGGAGAAGAAGGCGGUCCUUCUAGCUGAAGGUCACAUGGACGAUGUGUUUAGUCUGGUUCGAGCCCAGGAGGAGGAGUCUCUUUCGGCUGCAGCUAUCCGGCGUUCAACUGCCGUCUUCUCCGCUUUCAAUCGAGGUCUGGAUGCUCUGGCAAGCGCUGACGGACUUGGGGGUACUUCAGGAGCUCCUGUAUCUCCGCCUCCUCCUGUUAUUAUUGGCUCGGGAGAAAAUGGACCACUGAAUCUUGAGGAAGUGAACCAAUGUCUUGAAGAUUUGAUCGAAUUUUUCGCUCAACCCGAGAUUCACGAGGAACAUGAAGCCAGACAAUCGAAGUUAGCUGCACUUGCAAACAGACAGGAUCUAUUCCAGGAGGAGGGUAUGAUCAGCCUGGUUCUUGAAACGAUUGACAAGUUUACUGGAGCCUUCCGUAGCCGUCGUGAAUUCGCUUUAGCCGUAGGUGAAGAGCGUGGAAGCCGAUUCAGUGACCUUGGAAACUACCUUUACCUCCUCCUUGCUGCUCUAAUAAGAGGAAAUAGAGAAAAUUGCGCUCAAUUUGCUGCGCCUGCCCGUCUCGAUUGGCUUUUCAAUCGACUCGAGCUUCAACAGAGCUUUGCCGAGGGUGUCCUGGAUGCUCUUCACUGCGUCUUAACGGACUCAGAUGAAGCUUUGAAUGUUAUCACUGCUCAACAUAUCCACACGUUGAUUGGCCUUCUGGAUAAACAGGGCCGAGACCCGAGAGUUCUCGAGGUACUCUACUCAAUCUGCACGGGUCGACAAGGUGGAGCUGUACGACUUAAUCAGGACCUGAUCUAUGAGAGCUUACUCCCUGAAAGAGACCUUCUCCUGCAAACUAAACUUGUGGCUCAAUCUGGAUCCAUGAGACCUAAUAUCUUCGUCGGCAUUAAGCCGGGCGGAUCCAUGUACACAAAAUGGUACUUCGAAGUGUUCAUUGACGCACUUGAAAACAUCUCUCACCAGCCUGCAGGAAUUCGAAUUGGUUGGGGCAAUACAGACGGUUAUACUCCACACCCAGUCGGCGGCCCUGGUUGGGGAGGAAUCUCACUGGGAGAUGACUUCUACUCAUUCGCCUUUGAUGGUCAGAAUCUGUGGACGGGUGGCAAGGCUAAACAGGCGCUCUUUCCUCCAGGUGCCGGUGGAAAACUCACCAAUCGAAGACCAGGUCCAACUACAUCAGCUGCACCAGCCAAUGGCAGUACAAAUUUGAAACGAGGAGACGUGAUUGGUUGCCUGCUCGAUCUCACUGGUCCCGUUAUUCAAUUCAAUCUGAAUGGAAAUCUUGUCAAAGGAUACUUUCAAGAUUUCAACACCACUGGUCUCUUCUUCCCCUGUGUCAGCAUGACAGCUCGUGCUAGUGCUCGAUUUGUAUUGGGAGGUACUCAAGGAAAAUUGAAACACGGUCCUCCAGCCGGCUAUGCACCAAUCAUUGAUGCGUUGCAACCGUCUCAAAGACUUCGUCUGGAACCAGUUUUCUCAUUCGGUCGCCUAGACAAAUCCAUAUUUUCUGGACCCCUGGCGUCACCUUUGCCAUCACAGGAUGUCUUUGUUCCCAUCCCAAUUAAUACAGAUAAAAUCCAUUUGCCAAAUGUCGUGGAGCGUAUUCGGGAUAAAUUGGCCGAAAAUCUGCACGAAUUGUGGUCAAUACGGAAGAUUGAGCAAGGAUGGGUUUACGGAGAGGUAAAUGAAAUGCACUAA